CUGCAUCAUGUUAGCGCCGUUGCUCUUCGUAUUUCUUUCUCAGGUCCUCCUCAGUUCAGCCAAAUUACCCAAACCAGUGAAGCUGUGCAAAAACGAUGAUUCAUUUAACGAUUGUGUCAUCAAGCAAUCCCAUGAUGUGAUACAGGCUUCGAUCAAUGGUAUCCCGAAGUAUGGUAUACCAGCAUUCGACCCAUUGCACAUCGAUAAGAUCGAGCAGUUCGAAGGUGGGUCCAAGAGUAUCACGAUGAACCUCACGAUGGAGGAUAUUAACGUCUACGGCUUGGGCCAGGCGGAACUCGUUCAUGCAGAACACAACACUCCAGAGAAAUAUCUCAAGCUAACAUUCCAUUUUCCACACUGCAAAUUCAUUUCCAAAUAUGAUUUAGUCGGUAAAUUUCUAGUAAUUCCAGUAACUGGUAAAGGAAAAGCGACGAUGACAUUAGAUGAUGUGACUACAGAUUUUAUCUACCACUACAAACUGAUAGACAAGAAUGGAAGUAAAUAUGUCACUUCAGUCCCACCUGUUCACUUCACUACAGAACCUAAGAAUGCAUCAAUAAAUUUUGAAAACCUUUUCAACGGAAACAAAGCCUUAGGUGAUGCAGCUAACAAGAUGAUGACCGAAAACUGGCGAGAAUUCAAGAGGCAGAUGGGCAAAGGUUUUGAAGAGGCAAUUGGUGGCAUGGCGAACAUCAUGCUGGAUAGGAUUGUUGGGCACACGCCUUAUAGUGAAUUAUUCCUUAAGUAAUUAUUAGAAGAACAACAGAACAUACUCACAUAAGUUUACUUUUUAUAACAAUUUGUUGGAUGUAUGUGCUGAAAAUACUAUAAAAAAAAAAAUUAAAACUGUCAUACAGAUUAAUUAAACAUUAUUAUUAAUAUUAAUUUUAAAAAACAGACUCAUUUAUUAUGUUCCAAUUACCUUUGCAAAUAAGUAAAUGAAAUGAAAAUAUUUUUUUAUUAUCCUGGGACUGUUGUCCCUUUAGUACAAAUUACUGUUACAGAAUAAAUGCCUAUGUGGCCAUACAUAAAAUUAAUUAUUUACAAUUCAAGAUUUUGGAAAAAGAAUAAAAUAAAAAAUAGAACAAUUACACUAAAAACAUACUGAUAUGUAUAACACAAACGUGGCAAAUAGCAUAAGUAAAGAAAAUCAUUU